CCUCAGCCCAGCAGUCUCAUCUUCCUCAUCCAUCUCCUCCUCAUCCUCCAGGCUUGGGAGACAAACUCAGAGGAGGUCAAGGUGAUUGGCCCUGGGGAGUCCAUCCUGGCGACCGUCGGGGAGGAGGUGGAGCUCCCGUGCCACCUGUCCCCGUACCGGGACGCAGAGCACAUGGAGAUCCUCUGGUUCCGGGGCCAGGCCUCCGACGUGGUGCACCUGUACCAGGGGGGGCAGGAGCCCCCGGGGCGGCAGAUGGCCCAGUUCCAGAACAGGACCAGACUCAUCAAGGACGAGAUCUUGGACGGCACCGUGAUCCUGCAGCUCCAGGGCGUGCUCCCCGCUGACGAGGGCCCUUAUGGGUGCCGCUUCCUCUCCAAGGACUCCUCCUUCUCCGGGGAAGCCGUCUGGGAGCUGGAGGUAGCAGGAAUGGGGUCAGACCCUCACAUCUCCCUUGAGGGCUUUGAGAAAGAAGGCAUUCAGCUCAGGUGCAGCUCCAGUGGCUGGUACCCCAAGCCUCAGGCUCAGUGGAGAGGCCACCGGGGACAGUGCCUGCCUCCGGAGUUCGAAGCUAUCACCCAGGACGCCCGCGGCCUGUUCAGUCUGGAGACAUCUGUGGUCGUCCAAGGAGGGGCCCACAGCAAUGUGUCCUGCUCCAUCCAGAACCCUGUUCUGUUCCAGAAGAAAGAGUUUGUGGUCCAAAUAGCAGACGAGUUUCUCCGCGGGCCCGCGCCGUGGAGGACAGCCUUCCUCGGGACGUUGGUGGUCGGGCUGCUGCUCCUCCUGGCCCUGCUCGCCACGCUGGCGCUGCGCCUCUCCCGCCGGCAGCGCCGGGCCCUAGAGGAGCUGAAGGAGCAGGCGGAGAAGGACAGAGGGAAACUCACCGCAGAGCUGGGGAAGGCCCAGUCAGAGCUUGACUGGAGAAGGGCUGAAGGCCAGGCUGAGUGGAGAGCAGCCCAACAAUAUGCAGUGAACGUGACCCUGGACCCUGCCUCGGCACACCCCAGCCUGGAGGUCUCCCCGGACGGCAAGAGCGUGACCUCCCGCGGCGCGGCGCUGGUGCCGGCGGCGCCGGGGGACCCGCAUCGCUUCACGGAGCAGACGUGCGUGCUGAGCCGCCAGCGCUUCGGCGCCGGCCGCCACUACUGGGAGGUGGACGUGGGCCGGCGCAGCCGCUGGCUGCUGGGCGCCUGCCUGGCGGCCGUGGCGCGCGCGGGCGCGGCGCGCCUGAGCCCGGCGGCCGGCUACUGGGUGAUGGGGCUGUGGAACGGCUGCGAGUACUUCGUGCUGGAGCCGCAGCGCCGGGCACUGGCCCCGCGCGUGCCGCCGCGGCGCGUGGGCGUCUUCCUGGACUGCGAGGCCGGGAAGCUGGCCUUCUUCAACGUGUCCGACGGCUCCCACAUCUACACCUUCACCGACACCUUCCCGGGGCCGCUCUGCGCGUACUUCCGGCCCAGGGCCCCCGACGGCAGCGAGCGCCCCGACCCGCUCACCAUCUGCCCGCUGCCCGUCCGAGGGGCCCGCGUCCUCGAGGACGACGACGGCGACGCCUGGGCGCAGCCCUACGAGCCCUCGGCGCCGCCGCUGGAGCCCUGGUGAGGCGCCCCCGAGGAGGGAAGCAGGGGACUUGGCCUGGGGAGAGGUGUAUGUGUGAUGGUAACUUCCUUUUCUAAAAAGAGGCGAUUCCCAAGCUUGUCUGUGUGUGUCACAGGGUUGAGAAAGUGAGUAAAGCAUUGAUGUUGCCAGGAGCCGCUGUGCUCCCUGCAGAGAAGGGGGGGGGGGGGCGCAUGGAGGGGUCGGAGAGAAGGGAGACAUGGGAUUGGAUUAAAGAGAUCCAUUAAUUUACAUACAGUAUUUGUAUAUGUCGUAUUUAUUCUCUAGUUCGUAAGGAAUGAAUUCAUCCAGGGCUCAUAUCCCAGUUUUAAAUGUCAGUUCCCACUAACAUGAACUUGGGAAAUGGCUGAUUCCGGGCUGGACUGAGAAAGCACAAAGCGGAGCUGGACCAUUUUGUGCCUUAAAGUACAAACGUGCUCAAAAACGGAGGGGGCACAGCAAAGGACACAGGCGCUCGGAUGAAAGGCGGGACAAUUUGAACAUUAAAGAGAACCUUGACAAAAAUGAAUCGUGACAAGAAUUGCUCAACAAGGGGCUGAGCAAAUAAAUGUCAUGAAGUCUGCUGAGAAUCAGGUUUCUCAGAGAAAGAAAACACACACAAAUACAGAAAGGGGCAAGGAGAGUGAAAGG